UAUUUUUCACGAAGUAGUCCACUUUAUUAACCAACUGUUGGUUUGCGGCUGUCAGCUUAGGAAAGGUCACCAGCAUUUCCACCAUAUGUUUUUGCUGAUUUCAAAACGGAUAAAUUAAUAAUUGUUAGCUAGCAUUGAUAGUAUAGCGUUUUACGUCCGUUAAUCGAGGAUGUCGGAAGCGGAGUCGCUGUUGUCGACGUCCAGCGCCGAUGCGGCGUGGGUUUUUACGCCGGUGACCAGCGCAUUGCCGGAUAUGACGACGCUGGCCGGGAACGCCUUCAACCAGGACUACAUCUGGGUGGUGGUGGUUGGCUUCGUCAUCGCCUUCAUCCUGGCGUUCGCGGUGGGCGCCAACGACGUGGCCAACUCUUUCGGCACCUCCGUCGGCUCCAAGGUCCUCACGCUGCGCCAGGCCUGCAUUCUGGCCGUCAUCUUCGAAAGUCUCGGAGCAUGUUUACUGGGAUCGCAAGUAUCGGACACUAUCUGGAAGGAGAUCGUCGACAUUAGCCUCUUUGACGGCCAAGCCAAAAUCCUGCUUCUGGGCGAAGUGGCCGCUUUAACCGGCACUGCCUCCUGGCUGCUGAUCGCCACCCUCUUGAAAGUUCCCGUUUCCGGUACGCACGCCAUCGUGGGCGCCACGAUGGGCUUCUCCAUCGUCAAGCACGGCUACCACGGCAUCCAGUGGCUGCGCAUCGUCCGCAUCGUGGCCUCCUGGUUCGUCUCGCCGGUGCUGGCCGGCGCCCUUUCCGGCUUCCUCUUCAUGCUAGUGCGCCGCUUUAUCCUCAAGACCACCAAUCCCCUCGAAGCCGGUCUCCGCGGUCUGCCCAUCUUCUACGCCAUCACAAUCUUUAUCAACACCAUCAGUAUCUUCAUGGGCGGGGCCAUCAGUAAAUACAUCCCGUGGUGGGGCGGACUGAUCGUCAGCACGGGGUUGGCGGUCAUCACCGGGACGGUGGUAGCUUGCGCCGUGGUGCCAUGGCAGCGCCGGAUCAUCCUCGGGAAUAUCCGCAAACUAAAGGCCCAUACAGCUGUACCGCUCAUGUGUGCCAUGAACUGUUCCGUGGCGACCAAUCUGGAUUUACUGGACGAACUAGCCGGCACCGGUCCCUACUCGGAGGAGGCCAACGCCAUGGGCACCUCGACCACCACGUUGGAUCUGCUGGGCGACACGGAGGAAAUGGGCCCGACCGCCGAACAACUGGUCGAAGAAGUCGCCGGUGCCGAGGGCAACGAGCAGCCGGUCUUCGUCGACGACUACGCCGAGGACGACGAACUCGCCGGUCUCCGCAUGACCUCGCGCAACACCGGCAUCCAGGCGGGGCUCAGUCCGGCACGCAACGCCGGCAUCACCAUCAAGGUCAACGAUGACCUGACCACGGGGGCAAAAUCCCGCGCCCUCUCCAGCGCCGUUGCUCCACCCCUCCGCUCCAUCUUACAACGUCGCUCGUACGUGUACCGGCCGCCACCGCCUCCGGACGCAAAACCCGUGAGUGCCGCCACCGGGGUGGGCGAGCGCCUCAACGUCACGGAGGAGUACGAUGAGGACGGGGGUCUGCAGUACCAUCCGCAGUACGGCGGUGACGGGGAACCGGCGUCCAAUCUGCGCAUGAUGCGGUAUUCCCGUGUAGCGCCGCCGGUGACCGGCUUGGCGCCGGCGAAACCACCCAUGGACCACCGCAUCAGUGUGGUCAAGAAGGAGCCGUAUUAUCUUCCGCUGCGGAAGUCGGAGGACGAGGAGAAGGAGGAGCAGAAGCCGCGGGGGAAUUUUCUAGUGCGAUGCUGGCAGAAUAUCCGCACGCUCGGACAUCGCGAAGAGACAACGGAUCCGCUGAAGCCGCCUGUCGAUCCUCCGGAAAUAGCUGCCAUUUUCUCCUUUCUGCAGAUUCUGACAGCGACAUUUACGGCGUUCGCUCACGGCGGAAAUGAUGUAUCGAACGCGAUCGGGCCGGUGGUGGCGAUCUGGGUGGUGUUCUCCAGCGGGCACGUGCCGGAGCAGUCGAGCACGCCCAUCUGGCUGCUGCUCUUCGGCGGCCUGGGCAUCUCCGUCGGCUUGUGCGUCCUGGGCCGAAAGGUCAUCGAGACGGUGGGCAGCAGUCUGGCUGUGAUUAUUCCCAGCAGUGGUUUCUGCAUCGGACUGGGAACGGCCACGACGGUGCUGCUGUGCUCCAAGAUCGGACUGCCCGUCAGUACGACGCACUGUAUUGUCGGCAGUGUGGUGGCUGUCGGCUACCUACGCAGUUCCCGCGCCGUCAACUGGAAGGUCUUCGGCAACAUUAUGGGAUGCGCGUUGAUCACGGUGCCCGUGGCGGGCGCCCUAGCCGCUGGCAGUAUGGUGCUGUUGGGACUCUUGCCCUAACCGGUCUACACCAGAAUUAUUAGUCAACGUGGACGACGGUGCGCAUUCGGACGAGAACACUGGCGUGGAAAUGCGCAUGUGUGCCUUUGUAUGUCUUGCAUCGUGUAUCAUGCGUUGAGUGUUUUCGAUUCAGAAACGAAAAAUGCCAGAAUAUUGCAGUACGGAUUGACGUGGUAAUUCGUGCGAUACCUAACCGAGAAUCACAAAAAAAAGAGUAAAUGUUUUACUUCAUAUUUGGUUUUAUUACGGUCCAUGAUUAACC